CAAAAUAUAUUAGUACAUAUUUUUUGGCCAUUUUUGUAUAUUUUGAAAUAUAUUUAAAAAUAUAUUUAAAUGUUUUUUGCCCAAUGGGGUAUAAUAUGAUAAAUAAAAUGAACAAUAAAAUAUAUUUUCAGUUUGUAACACUGACACCUAGUGGGCAUUUGGUAAACGAGCACUAAAUUACUUUGCUUGCGUUUCUCAAACUCAGAAACAUUUAUUGAGAAUUGAAACCGAAACUUUAGUGUUUUUCAAUUGUUAUACGUGUCACUGUAUUUGUGCAGUCAGUAAAAUGGCAGAAGCAAAUCUUUCAGUGUCUCAAGAUCAGUUCAUCUGUUCAAUCUGUCUGGAUCUACUGUCUGGAUCUCCAGUGACCAUUCCCUGUGGACACAGUUACUGUAUGAGCUGUAUUACAGACUGCUGGGAUUGGGAUGAUCAGAAGAGAGACUACAGCUGCCCUCAGUGCAGACAGACCUUCACUACAAGACCUGUUUUAGGGAAGAAUGUGAUGCUUGCUAAUAUGGUGGAGGACCUGAGGAGACUUCAGACUGAUCGAUCUGCUGUCAGUGAAGCUGGACCUGAAGAUGUGGAGUGUGACGUCUGUACUGAGAGAAAACACAAAGCUGUCAAGUCCUGUCUGGUGUGUCUUGAAACUUACUGUCAAACUCAUUUUGAACAACAUGAAGCUUUUCGGACAGGAAAAAGACACAAAUUAAUUGAUGUGACAGGAAGACUUCAGGAGAUGAUCUGCCCUCAACAUGACAAACUCUUUGAGGUUUACUGUCGCACUGAUCAGAGAUGUAUUUGUUAUCUGUGUGAGAUGCAUGAACACAAAGAUCAUGACACUGUAUCAGCUGCAGCAGAGAGAACUGAGAAAGAGAGACUUCUGGAGGACAAGCAGGAAAAACUCCAGCAGAGAAUCCAGGAGAAAGAGAAAAAGCUUCAGGAGCUGAGAGAUGCUGUGGAGAUCCAUAAGCAGCUUGCACAGACAGCAGUGGACGACACUGAGAGGAUCUUUACUCAACUGAUCCAAACCAUUGAGAGAAGACGAUCUGAGGUGACACAGCUGAUCAGAGAUCAGGAAAAGACUGCAGUGAAUGAAACUGAAGGACUCUUGAAGCGACUGGAGCAGGAGAUUGAUGAUCUGAGGAGGAGAAAUGAUGAGCUGGAGAAACUUUCACACACAGAUGAUCACAUCAGUUUCCUUCAGAGUUUUCAGUCUCUCUCAUCAUCUCCUGGAUCUUCAGACAACUUCACUGUCACUUCUCUUCUCUCUUUUGAUGAUGUGAGGAAAUCGGUCACUAAGCUGAAAGAAAAGAUGGAGGAUUUCUGUAAAGAAGAAAUUAAAAAAAUAUCUGACAAAGUUUCAUUCAUUAUAAUUAUUCCCACCGAUGAACCCAAGAACAGAGAGGAUUUCCUGCAGUAUUUCAGUCUCUUCUCUCUGGAUCCAAACACAGCAUGUAGAUGUAUCAGUCUGUCUGAGGAGAACAGAGCGGCUACUAUCGUUUACACAGAGCAGCCGUAUCCUCAUCAUCCAGACAGAUUUGAUUAUUGGCCUCAGGUUUUGUGUAGAGAGAGUUUGUGUGGACGCUGUUACUGGGAGGUUGAAUGGAGUGGUGAUGAAGGUGUGUUUAUAUCAGUGUCAUAUAAGAGCAUCAGCAGGAAGGGAAGAGGUAAUGAGUGUGAAUUUGGAUUUAAUGAUCAGUCCUGGUGUUUGUUCUGUUCUUCCUCUAGUUGUUCAUUCUUUUACAAUGAGACAAAGACAAAACUCAGUUUAGUCUCCAGUAAAAUAGGAGUUUAUGUGGAUCACAGUGCAGGAAUUUUGUCUUUCUACAGCGUCUCUGACACAAUGACCCUCAUCCACAGAGUCAACACCACAUUCACUAAACCUCUCUAUCCUGGGUUUGGAAUAAUUUGGGACUCAACAGUAAAAUUAUGUCCUCUAACAUUAGAAAAGAUUAAUGUUCAUUAGUAUAUAUAUACACAAGUGUUGUCUAAACCUGUUUAUAUCAUAAAAAAAAUCAAAAGACAAAUGAUUAUUCAUAGCCUAUACAUUAUAUUUUUUAUUCUUAACGUUUUGAGAUUUUCUGUCUAGAUUGUCUGUCUAACUUUAGAUUGUAGAUGAAAACACAUUGAGAUGCAUUAGAUGUGGUUUGGAUUUAUUUGAUGUUUAUCUCUGUAUGAUUAUCUGAUAAAUACAAUCACUGUUCAUGAGGAAGACAAACAAUUACAGUAUUUGUCCUGUAUACAUUCUGUGCUGCUGUCUAUGGAAGCCCUCCCUGACACUCCGAGGGCGCCGCAAUCCACUGACUGUUUUAAAAAAGGUCUUAAGACAUUUCUUUUUAACAAAGCUUUUGGUUCUCUUUAGAGGUAUUUUUAACUGUUUCUUCACAUUUUUAUUGUUUUUAUCCUGUAGCACUUUGAUGAAAAGUGCAUUAUAAAUAAAAUGUAUUAUUACAUUACAACACAGUUCUUCAGAAGUUUUGUUUCUGUGUUUCAGUUAUAACUUCAACUUUUGAUGAACUAUUUGACUGUAAAUCUUUGUCUUUAGAUAUCUGUUCAUUUAUAUGAAGUUAAUCUCUGGAUUAUCCUCUUGAGAAGGGGUUUUAACAAAGUGGUAUGACAUCUUACACACAAAAGUCAUUGGCUCAUGCCAAUAUGUUUAGUGAGUUAUGUUUAGUUGACCAGAGUGACUUUCCUUAUUUUAUUGUGUGUACUUUUUUCAGGUAACAGACAAUAUGUGUGAAAUGAAUCAAGAGCUAUAGGACAUCUUGAUGCUUUUUAACAAGGGAUUGUAUGAUCACAAUAUUUAAAAUGGAAAUGCAUCAUAUUUUGAGUGUUUUAUUUAAUAAACACAUU